AUGUUGAAUUCACUAAAACGGUGGGUUCAAGAUGUGGCGGUUGAUCUCACUCCUCCACCACCACCACCAUCGUCGUCGUCGACGUCUACAUCGCCAUCGUUUUUAUCAUCAUCUUCUAAACAAGGAUCAACACAUCCUUAUUUUCAUUCAACGACAUUUACAAAUGACCGUUUAUCAACACAUUCAUCAUCAUCAUCAACUAUGGGCCUCUCGAGACCAAUAUCAAUGGAUAGUGUUCGUAAUUCAAAAAUGAUUAAUACAUCAAUUCCACCACCACCUCUAGCAUCACCUGCUGAACUCGAUUUAAGUCAUUUGAAUCGAGAAGAACAAGAACAUAUUGCAAAUGUAUUAAAACGAGCUAGAGCUGUCGAUGAACAACAAUCACCAGUACCACCAGUUAUUGUCCAUUCAGCACAAUCGCCACCGGCAUCAAUAGUUUCAGCAUCAUUAUCGCCUUCAGCAUCAUCAUCAUCAUCAACAUCAACAAGUAGCUAUAAUAGUGAACAACCGGAAAAAUAUGAACAGAACGAUAAAUAUGAUAAUAUCGAUGAUAAUGAAAUAAGUAAAGAUGAAGAACUUUCAUCAUCAUUUUUGCCGGAAUCAACUUUAAUAGCUAUUCACCGAUGUCAAGUGUGUAACAAAGAGCAACAACAAAAAGGAAAUACGAUGAUUUGCCUUCACUGUCAAGCCGACGACGAGAUUGCUCGAGUUACACAAAACAAUACCACUCCUCAAACGUCAAUAAGACAAUCAUCAUCUCCUAUACCAAUAAAAUUAUAUGAGCAUGAACAAGAUAAGAUCUAUGAUAAUAUAAUGUGGAUUGAUCAGCAAUUAAUAAAACGAAAUUCCCCUGUUGAAGAGAAUACAUCUCAUAGAGUUCAGAAUGAUGCAGAAAAAAUGAAUAAAAAUCAAGAGGAAAAAAAAGAAGAAAAUGAUGAUGAUGAUGAUUAUGAUGAUGAUGGUGGUGAUGGCAGUAAAGAAAGAAAACAAUUAUGUCAAUCAUCAAUUCUUCAAUCCACACUUCCCGUGAAAAUACAAUCAAAUAAUCUAACAGAGAUAGAUGAAGAUGAUUUUUUUUAUCAAGGACCCAGUCCUUAUGUAACAGCAAUUGAUAAUAAUAAUCAAAUACUUGACAAAAUCAAAGACCCAUCAUCAAUACCGUCAUAUAAAAUCGAUGAAUAUAUUGAUGAAGAUGAUAAUGAUGAACGCGAUCAUGUUAAAGAAUUAGAAGAAACGAUAGCUAAUCUAUCUCGACAUUUUCCUGUGUCAUCACAACAACUUAAUGAUAUUGAGAUAAAACCAAUAGUAACAAAUUUACAUCAACCAUCAAGUUUAUCUGUUGGUAAAAUUGAUAUUGAUUCAAUACUUGAAAUGGAAAUUGAAUCACCAUCAACAGAUGAACAUUAUAUUCAAUCAUCUUCGUCGUCGUCGUCGUCUAUUCGUCCUUCAUCAGUAUUAAAUCAACAUUCACACAACGUGCCAAUUGCAGUACCAAUAACAUUUAAUAGUCGACGAGCAAGUCUCAGUCGUUCAUCCGGUGUACGAGAAAAUUUAACUGAUCUACUUAGUAUAACAAAAGCAGCAGCUGCAGCAGCAGCAGCAGCAGCAUCAACAACAACAAUACCAUUAGAAUCUUAUUAUUCAGAUAAACGAUCAUUACAGGGAACAACAUCUAAUUUCAGCAAGCAUAUAAUGCCUUUACAUCGUCAAAAACGUAACUUACCAUCUGUACCAUCACCAAUAACAAAUCGUUUACAAUUACGUCGAGCAAAUUCAGAAUCUCGAUUUAGUCUUCCAGCUGUACCACCACCAUCUAUACUUAUAUCUAAUAGUAAUAUUGAUGAUGAAAGUGAUUUACUUGAAAUAGAUCUUAAUGAUCCAACGGGUUCAACCAGUCGAGCAGCACGAUCAAAAACUGAAUCUGAAUUAAACAAUAAUAAUAAUAAUAUUACUACUAAUAAUAAUAAUAAUAACAACAAUAUAAAUACAUUAUCUUCAAGUAAUCAAUUGUCAUCAAUGAAUGAUUUAACUUUACCAAAAAAACAAAUUAAACAAUUACGAGAUCAAACAACAAAUACACCACCAAUAUCAAGUCUUACAUCAUCAAUAAAACCUAAAAAGAAACUUAAGAAAAAAGGUUCAAAUUCACCGAAUCAUACGAAUGGUCAUCUUAUAAAUUCAAUGGAAAGUAAUGAACAAAUAACACCAAUUAUAGUGUCACCAACAAAAACAAAUCCACCACCGUCAGUUUUAUUAUCGUCAUCAUCACCACCAACAUUAACUACAAAUCGUUUAAAAUUACAAAAGAGUACCAGUACAGAAAUAUUAUAUCCUUUUCCUGUAUUAAAAUUAAUUUUAAGUCGUGAUAAUUUGAAUCCAUCACGACGAGAUGAUGCUGAUCUGGGUCUUCAUAUAACCGGUGGACAUUCAAUACCAAAUUGUAUGGAAGUAACAGCAUGUAUUGAACAUGUUGAUACUCAUCAUAAAAAUUAUAAUAUAUUAAGAAAUGCAGUGGAAGAAGGUGAUGAAGUUCUGGAAGUUGGUGGAGUGCCGUUACGUGGUAAAAGUGCAUUAUAUGUUGAAAAUUUAAUGAAUUCAAUUCAAGAUGAAUUUGAAAUUGUUAUUCGAAGUCAAUAUAUUAUACCACCUAUAUCGCCUGCAAUUGAAAUUUUUAAAUCAGAUAAAAAUCAUUCACAUAAUUCUACAAAAAAUAACGUAACAGUUUCACCGAAUUUAUCAUUAACAGUUGAUUCAAAUAAUCAACGAAGACAUUCAAUGGAUACAUCACAAUUUUCUCCGACUCAUCUAACAAAUAAUACAGUUGUUAAAUCUCAAUCAACAUUUAUGUCACUACCAGUGGAUGAUGAUUCGAAUAAUGUAUCUGAUCAAUUACUUUCACCUAGUAAUCAUCGAAAGAAAAGUGUAUCUUCAAAAGAACGUCUUUUCUCUGUUGAAUCUCUUCAUCGUUCACCAUCAACUAAAUCAAUUGAACAUUUAAUGAAAGUAGCUACACAAUCAUAUGAUACAAAACCUGCCGUUGAUAGAUUUCAUAGUUUACCACAAGGAGACCGGCGACAUUCAAUAAAACCUGAUGAAAAACGAUCGACACCAUUAGUAAAACAAACAUCAUUAAGUGUUAAUAUUACACCGGAAAAUAAAAUGACACAUGACGAUUCAAUAAAUCUAGCUCAACCAUUACAACCACCUCGUAAAUAUGAACAUCGUAAUAGUUUAUUACCGAAUGAUCCAGGUUUAAAUCGAGCUGGUAGUAAUAAUAGUAUUGAUCGAAGAAAUUCAAAUGAAUCUGAUGAAAGUGAUAAUCUCUCACAAUAUUUUCUUUCAUCUUCAAGUCGAAAAAAUAGUUUAAUGACAACAAAUGAAAUUUCUCAUACUGAAUCAUCUCAUGAACAAAAUCAAAAUAUAAUACCUACUGAUAAUGAAGUAGCAAAAGAUGCAUCACGUCGUUUACAAAAUUUUAUUAAGACAGCAGAUGAAAAACAACAAUCAAGAAAUUCAUUAGGUGAUGAAUCAAUUAAUUUUAAGAAAACAGAUGUAAGAAAAUUAUCAACAUCAGCAUUAGGUUCAUUCAAAUUUGCAAAGAAACCAAAAGAGAAUAAUAAUACUGAAAUAUCAACUCAAUCAGUUGAAUCACGUGAGAAUGAAUAUGUUGGUGAUAUUGAAUUACAAAUCGGACAUAAUAGUGAACGUGAACAAUUGGUUGUAAGAAUAGUUCAAGCAAAAAAUUUACCUGCUAAAGAUACAAAUGGUUUUUCUGAUCCUUUUGUUAAAAUUUAUUUAUUACCAGGAAGAGAUCAAGAAAAUAAACGUCGAACAAAACAUAUCUCAAAAAAUUUGAAUCCUGUAUGGGAUCAUACUGUUAUUUAUGGUAAUAUGCAUCGAGAAGAAUUACAAUAUAAAAUGCUUGAAUUUACUCUUUGGGAUUAUGAUCGUUUUAAAGCCAAUGAUUUUAUUGGACAAAUAACAAUUGAUUUAAAAGAUGCCAAAGUUAUUGACGAUAAACCACAUUGGUAUCGUUUACAAGCAUUACGUUCACGUGAAGAAGCAACAAAUCGUGGUUCAUCACCACGUUUAUCUAAAAUGACAUCAGUCGAUUCAACAGUUUCAUCAUCAUCAUCAAUCGCAAAUAAAAAUAAUGUUAAUGUACAAUCGAAGGGUAGUAUACGGAAAUAA